AUGGGCUCGGAGCAGUCUGCCCUUGAAAAAGAGCUCCGCACCUUGUCGGACGUCGCCCAUGUCGACCUCUCAGUCCGCGGACUCUCCGACCUUCCGCCAGCCGUCGACAAGCUCGAGGGCUGCCUCUGCCUCGACUUGAGCAAGAACGAGCUAACCACGCUACCAGAUGAGAUAGGCGAACUGCACAACUGCCGGCGAUUGCUGCUCGACAAGAACCAGCUGGUCGAGUUGCCUGAUGCCAUCGGCGGCCUCAAGCAGCUCACCGAGCUCUCGCUCGCCAAGAAUAGAAUGUUUCUCCUGCCUCUCACUGAGGCUCUCGCCGGAUGCUCUUCCCUGACUGUGGUGGAUCUCUCGCACAAUGGGCUCGAGACCACGCCGGCUGUCCUCUUCUACCUGCCUGCGCUCACCACGCUCAAACUCCACCACAACGAGAUCACUGCCGUCGAUCCGCUUGUUGUGCAGAGUACCGCACUGGACGUCCUCGACAUCUCGUUCAACAAAUUGCGAGUCCUACCAGCUCUGCCGGCCUCUCUCACUGCUGUCUUUGCCCAGGAGAACGAGCUCAUCAACGUUGAGGCGCUUGCCGACCUGCCCAUGCUCGAGCGGCUCAACCUCGCGUCCAACGAGAUCCAAGAGCUCCCAGACUCGUUCUUCUCCCGGCUGGCGGCACUCCAGCACAUCAUCCUGUCCAACAACCCGGGCCUGGUUGCGCUGCCAAGCCUCGCUGGCUGCGUCUCGCUCACCAAUCUCACGCUCGAAGGCUGUGGCGUCAAGGCCAUGCCGCCGUCGCUGGCUGCAUGUCGCAAUCUGGAAGUACUGCGGCUGCGCGGCAAUGCCGGCCUUGCCGCCAACUCUCUGGCGGUUGCUACUCUGGUUAAUCUAACCAAACUCUCGCUGUGUCAGAUCGGGCUCACGCUCCUGCCCGACGGCCUCUCUGAGCUGUCCUCGCUCCACACUCUCGACCUCCGACGCAACAAGCUCAUGGCGGACGUCAUUGACAAUCUAGGGCUGCCCAAUCUCCACCGCUUGUAUCUCUCGGGCAAUCCGCUCGGCGUCGUGCCUGUCGGCCUCGAGCUUAUGCCGCUCACCGAGCUCGGUCUCUCGUCGACGCUACUCGACGACGCCACAGGCGUCGACGCCGUCACCUCGCUCACCUUUCUCAACCUUUCGUCCAACAAGCUCACCUUUUUGCCGGAGCACCUCGCCGACGUGGUCCAGCUCCGCAAUCUCCAGCUGCAGGAGAACUACCUGGGUAGCUUGCCCAAGACCAUCGGCGCUCUGACCAACCUCGAGCGCCUCGACGUCUCCGACAACGACAUCCGGUCACUCCCGCCUGAGCUUGCGCACUGCAAGCGGCUGGUGUUUCUCGAAGCGCUCCGCGGAAACCCCAUUAUCUUUCCGCCGCGGCGUGUCAUGGAUGCCGGUCUCGAGGCCAUCAUGGAGACGCUGCGCAAGCGCCUCGGCUCGGGCGAUGGCCCACUUGUCAUGGACGCGGCCAACUGAUACAAGCUAAACUCCCUCGUCCUCCUCA